CAGUGCAAGCACUUGACAAGACAUGAGGAUGAGGACAUGUUUUUUUAGGAAGAUUGAUGAAUAUUGAAUACAUUAAUAACGAGCACGAUGGUAGUCGAAGAAAAAGUGGAUUCUUCGAAGGAAAAUCAGACACAGGAUGGGGUGAAAGAGCCGAAAACGUAUUCCUUAGAGAUUUUAAAAAUAAUCAAGGAAGCGCAGCAGCAACAUGGGUUGAGACACGGUGAUUAUCAGCGGUAUCGCGGUUACUGCUCGAGAAGACUUAGAAGAUUGCGAAAAGUAUUGAAAGUGCCACAAGGUGAUAGACGUCAUUUUAAGAGGAAAGACAUCACUCCAGUCAUGAUCAGUGAGGACAAAUUCUUGCAAGUGCCUUUGGUAAUGGCUGAACGUGCUUGGAGCUAUGCAAUGCAACUACGCCAGGAAUCCAACACAGAGCCAAGAAAGAAGUUUCAUCUGGUAUCAAGGCUAAAAAAGGCAGCUGCGUAUUCUAUACAAUUGCAAGAUUUGAUAGAGAAUAUAAAUUGCGAUGCGCGUACAAAGCUGGAAGCUCAAGCAUAUGUGGCUUGGAUGAACGGUUCCUUGCAGUUUGAGUUGCAACUGUGGAAACAGGCCAUGGAAAAUUUGCAGAAGGCGCAGGUGGUAUAUGGUAACCUGGCGUCCGCGCUGCCGGAAUUAGAGCAAGUCGUGUAUAAGGCGCGCGUCGAGGAAUUAGCGCCCAGUCUCAGAUAUUGCGCGUAUAACAUUGGAGAUACCAGCGCCAUGGACGAUCUCAUGCAGAUGCGCGGGCAAUUGAGCGGCGAACUAAUGGCCAGUCUAGAUUCUUUGAUAGCUCAGACGCGUGAGAGACAAGUCAAUACCGAGGAAGUAACAUGGCGCGGAAAAUCUUGUGGUACGGUGCCAUCGAGAGCAGCUGGUUUGAUCAUCGCGGAUUCCAGACUAAAUCAAGCUCUGGAGAAGGCCGCCACAAAUCAAGCGAAGAUCGAUUUACUGGAGGCGCAUCUGAUAGACUGCAAAGACGCUCUGUCGGUAGUGCGCGAUCAUUUCAAGAACGAGUUGAAAAAUAAGGAAAACGACAAAUGGUCGGCUCCGCAGCAUUUGAUAAACUAUUUGCAGUACAUUCGAUUGUCUCGCACGUUGGAGCGGAAUUUGGCAUUGGUAAAAGCGGCCGAGGAAUCGGAGAAAGCCAAGCCGCAGGACAUAGUGCGUCUGUAUGAAGCGGCGUUAUACAAUGUCGUAGAGAUAUCUCAGCUGCAGGACGAUACAGAAUUUGUGCAGGAACAGGAGGCGAAAACGAAAGGCUACAGGGCUUUUAGAUGUUUCUAUGUAGCCCAAAGUCUCGCCAAUCAACAUCGUUGGCGUGAAGCUAUGGCUAUGUAUCAGAGAUCAUUGCAACAUGUUAAAGAUGCACUUAAAUAUGACAAUAUUCUUCCAGCCGCACUGAAAGAAGCUUUGUGCAAGCUGGAAACUUCCGUAGAGGUUGCGCAGUAUUCUGCUCAUGCUCACAGCGUUUUGGAGGAUGGUCAGGAAGAGGAAGGUGGAAUCAAUAAACUUGCCAAAAGCAAGAAACCGCUGUACGAACGUUUGCACGAAUACAGGGAGGAUCCCGCGCUUCUUACGAAGCAACCGAAUGUCUACAAACUGCCACCGCCGAUGCGUAGCAUUCCGUGCAAGCCUCUGUUUUUCGAUUUGGCCUUUUUCAUGGUCGAGUUCCCGGAAUUGGCACACAAAAUGGGCGAUCAAGCUAAAAAAGGACAGGCUGGGCUCACUGGCUUUGUCAAAGGUCUCUGGGGUUGGGGAAAUAAAUGAAUAUUCUCUAUAUAGUUCUAUAUGCUCAAUAUACAUAUAAGAACUUUGGAUACAUCAUAUAGAAAGUACUGUCGUGACACUACUGUUUUCUGCUGUCUUUCUAAUGUCAGCCCAGAACAAUUUAUUCCAAAUGCAAAUAAAAUUUGCGUUAUAUCACUGAAAGCAAAAAUAAAACGGAAUACUUGAUGAAUGUUUUCAAAUCAGGAAA